AGAGGCGUAAGCUCUCUACAUUGAAGACCUAUGAAAACAUCAGCUUUCCAGAGCGUCUGGCUCCUACCAGCUGCAUGUUAAUUGUAGCUAGAGCCUCUAGCCACUGUUACAAAAGGAAAUAAACAUUCAGGAGUCAUUUUCAAAGCAUUUUGAGGGCUCCAGAGCAUUCAGCUGAAGUCCAGGUAUUACGGUGCACGCGGGUCUCCAGGACUAAAGCCAGGCCGAGCCGCACUGCCCAGGCACUUUGGGGAAAAGCCUGUAACACCAUCUCAGGCCUCCUCUUCCCGGACACAGCCAGCCAGGCUGCAGGGCACGGAUCAAGGAAUGCUCCCCCUUCAGGGAGCUCUCGGCAGGUGGAAACAGACGGGUGCAGUGGGACAAGUUCAGCGACCUCGGACGGGAGUUAGCUGGUUCUGCGGGCUGUGUGCGCGUGCACACGCUGACACUCAUGCAUGCGCACCCGCUCACUCAGGACCCCCUGCCCACCACAGCCGCCCGCUCCCCGCCCCCUGCCAGGUCGCUGCUCUGACGUGCUCCUGGCAUCCUCCAAUUUCCACAGAGAUCACCGUACACUGUAGCCCUGAAUUUGAGCAAGGUUUUUAGUUACCUGUGGACAUUCACUUUUGAAGGGUUGGUUUAUACCGUUCUGGGUUCUUUUUUUAAAAAAAAAAAAUCAUGGAAGAAAGACGCUGACAUCUGGCCUCAAAACACUUCCAGCAGCUAGCCCAACUGACGUGCAGUCCUUGCCAGCAGAGAAUGAAAGAAGGGACGGCGGAGCAUCUGUAAGCAGGGGUGCCAUUGGGGUGGAGACCAGCCCCACGGGGCUGGGACCCCAGCUCAGCUGCCUGUGUUGUUACCGAGGCCCUAGUGGGGUCCCAGGGACUCUCAGCUGUGCUGUGGGGUCUGAUGGGGCCUGCAGCCUCUCCCCGUGAGAACUCGCACUUGGCCUGUGCCCGCGCUCAAGCCCUCUGUCCUCUCCGCCAGCGUCCUCUCCCCACGUGUCAGCUGGCAGAGAGUCUGAGUGAGAGUUCACGCGGCAGCUUCCUCUGCAGUAACGGACCGUGGAGGAGGAGGAGGAACCGCAGCCCACUGCACACGCCGGGGACUGGCCAGGCUCAUCCGCUGACCGCACGUACUCCACCCUCGCGACAACCUCCUGACCCAGGGACCAAAGCCAGGCAGCUGUGAGCAGGGUGCCCAGGGAGCCCGGUCGUCAACCAUGUGGAGUCCCGGUCUUGGCCCCUCGGCCCAGUUCACAGGCCACUGCUUGGUUCCCUCGCAGCCCUCGGGCAAGAGCUCUCAGCAGGCAGCGUGGGUCCCUCCCGAGGGGAGGACUGAGUCAGGCCAGGGGGCGCAUCUGAGCUGCCUUCUCUAAGUAUAAAAGCAGGGCCCUUGGUGCAGCAGGGCUUGGACAUGCACCCUGUGGCCCCGAGGUCCCCAGGUGGGCACCGCUUCACAGCUGGCCCCGGCUGUUCUGCUCCAUUGACCAGGCCUGUGGCCAGUCCCCCGCCAGGGCCCCGCAGUCACCGAUCAUUGCGGGGGAGCUGCUGCCUCACUGCGCUGCCCCCACGGCCCUGGACACCGCGGCCCCUCCUGGGCUUCAUGGCUUCCUGGGCCGCUGAGCAGAGGCGUGGUCUGUCAGCUCACUUUUCCUGAGGCCCAGCCAUGCCCACCUAGAGCGGGCCUCCACACUAAGCCCGUGUCCCGCAAGACCCUCUCGGCCCACAUGUGACUCAAGUCAGCACGGCCCGGCACCCACCCAGGCCACAGGGCCAUCCGACAGGGCCUCCUGGGUGCCAGAGAGAGCGGCAGACAUCCUGGAAGUGCCUGCUCAGGGCCCAGAGCAGAGCGGGGACCAUCUUCUCCGGAAUCCAAGACAGCAGGAGAGCUGCCCUGGGGUGCUCGGCCAGCGCCGCACACUCUGUGCUCAUGUCAGCAUCCACCUUUGAGCCCGGCGGCCAUGGGUUUUCCUCUCGUGGUGUCUCCGCUCCCCCCCGCCCGAGCCUGGAGCAGACAGCUCUUCAGUGCCAUGCCGACGACCCCGCCAAAGAGCCUCCCGCCCAGCACAGCCGGGGGAGCUCCCACCCAAGGGGCACACAGCGUGACCACGGGGUGGCUGAGCCUUCCCAGGGCUGGAAGUUGGCGAGUCUGGGAGAACGUCUUCUUGAAAGAUAAUUAUUGGAACCCAGAGAGGGUCUUGGAAGAAAACUAUCAGUACUUCUGUGCACGGGAACAUCUGUGAUGAAUGACAGUCACUCCAGUUGAGGGUCAAGGAAGAGAGGGGGCUCUAGAGACAGCUGAGUCCUCAGAAACGGGUGCGGUGGGACAGAACCCCAAAACGACUCCGUGCCCUGGGCCUCCCGUGGAGACAAAACCACUACUUCCACGUCCGGCAGCCCCGAGCAGGGCUCGCCCUGCCUGCCCCGUUGGAGGUGGCCACCCUAUCACCAUGCCCUUCCGAUGGGCUAGCUUGAGGUCAGUGGCAGUGCCGCUGCCCAGGUACCACAGGUGGACGCCAGCUUGUCUGACUGUGAACCUCUGGCCUUGGGGCCUCAGCCUGGUUCCCUCCAGAGGGCAAGGCCACUGGGGUCCGAGAGGGGACCCUCUGUGCUGUGGCAGUGGUGACCUCGGCUGGGUUCCCUUGAAGGCUUCCCUCAGCCCCCGGAGCCGCGCACGCAGCAGGUGGGCAGAGAGGCCUGAGAGCGUCCCCAUCACACUCACAAAGCAGCAGCCCCAGCAGGCCACGCGCAGGCCAGCUCGUUGAUCGGGCCCAACGCCGCCCGACUUCCUGGUCCUCUCAGAUUCUCUGAAAGCAGCAUGAUUUUUGAGCUCCAGCCUCUCCCAAGGCUACCCUCUCGUGCCAUGCAUGCAGCCAAGCCUGCAGAGAAAGACCCUGAGCAGGUGCUUCAGCGCCAGGGGCAACGUUCUGAGCCAGCUGAGCCCCCCGCCCCGGCCCACAGAGACGACCUCCACCCUGGAGUCUCAGGCCGGCGGUGCCCUCCCGCGGGCGAGGUAACUCUCUGCGCUGUCAGGCUGGCCACCCUCCUCUCUCCUCUCCACUGCUGGCCCCAAGCCUGGAACCACCCUGGCCCGAAGCUAAAGACCUCUCCAUCCCUUCGAACAAGACUGGCCAGACGCCCGCUGCAUAGCAGCCACGCCAGGACCAGGCAGGGGAACGGACGCGGUGAAAGCCGCCGUGCUGGCAGGGCCAAGGCUGCUGCUUCAGGAGCAUAAUCAGAAACAAGACGGUGGGGGUGCAAGUCACCUUUAGAUCAGUGAUUAAUCCCCUUAUAGGAGGAACAGGAUACAGCUGUAACUGGACCACCGCGGACAGCCCGAGGCGCAUGCCAGUGCCAGCCUGCGGAGCUGCUUCCCACUUCUCUGCCGGGCCAGGACACUGGGGCCGACCAGCCCGCUCCCCCGGCCCAGGGCCACACGCCGGCCGAGCAGACGAUCAGGGCUCGGCGGUCCUCCCGCUGGCAUCGCUGCAAUCCCCGAGGCAACACGCCUGCACGCGUCAGGCGCGGCCCUGCUCCGUGGACCGAGGCUGGUUGCAGCCCUGGCUCGGCACGCCUGCCGCAGAAGAGAGGCGACCGCAGGCCGGGGUCCGAGAGCAACUGGGUUGCCUCUCGGUGGACGUGCACACACCUGUAUGUUCCCCAGGCCCAGUGGAGGGGAAGUCACGCAGGGUCCCUGGGUGGAGGCCAGGAUCCCAACCAGGCAGAAGAGAGCCCGCCAUGUGGAGCUGCCCACUCAACGGCACGGGCGGAGAGGACCAGCUCCCCUGCCAGCAUGUCCAGCGGGCCCUGUCCGCCCUCUCGCUGCUCUACCUGCUUGUCGGCGUCCCCCUCGGCCUCGGCUACAACGCCCUGCUGCUGCUGGUCAACCUGCACGACCCGGGCGGUAUGACCAUGCCCGACGUCUACUUCGCCAACAUGGCCGCGGCUGGCCUGGUCCUCGGCGCCCUGGCGCCUGCGCACCUGCUGGGCCCCGGCGCUGCCAGCUGGGCUGUGUGGGACGCGGGCAGCGAGGUCCACGUCACGCUGCUGGUGCUGUUCAACGUGGCGGCGCUGGUGACCCUGUACUCCACGGCGCUGCUGGCCCUCGACUGCUACAUCGAGCGGGCGCUGCCGCGCACCUACAUGUCGAGCGUCUACAACACCAGGCACGUGUGCGGCUUCGUGUGGGGCGGUGCCCUGCUCACCGGCUUCUCCUCCCUGCUCUUCUACAUCUGCAGCCACGUGGCUGCCAGGCUGGCCGAGUGCUCCCAGGUGCGGCACACGGAGGCGGCCGACGCCAUCAUGCUGCUCAGCGGGUACCUGGUGCCCGUCCUGGCCGUGCUGUACGCGCUCGUGCUCCUCACACGGAUCCGGAAGGAGGACACGCCACUCGACCGGGAUGCGGGCCAGCCGGACCCCUCGGCGCACAGGCUGCUGGUGGCCACCGUGUGUGCGCAGUUCGGGCUCUGGACGCCCCACUACCUGACGCUCCUGGGGCGCACGGUCCUGGCUGCGCGGGGGAGGCCAGCGGACGGGCACCACCUGGGGGCGCUGCUCCUCGCCAAGGACCUGUCCAGGUUCCUGGCCUUCGCCAGCAGCGCUGUGGUGCCGCUUCUUUACCGCCACAUGGACAGAAACUUCCCCGGCAAACUCCGGCGGCUGAGGAAGAAGCUGCAACGUGGGCACCAGAGCUGCUCCUUGGACGAAGCGGGGACACAGCCGGCGAUGGCGUAGACGCUGCUCCACGGGCCUCGGCCAACCGAGGGGCAGACGGCGUGUGGCAGAAGGCACAGCCCGCAGUGACCAGGUCCCCCGCGCCCGCAGCUUGCUCCCUCCCCACCCCCCGUCUGGCAUCCAGGAGACUUGCUGGCCCUGCAUCACCCGCUCCCUCCCUCCCUCUCCCCAGGAGACCAGGCAGAACCAGGCGAGUCCCCUGGGAGCUUCCCGCGUCCUCCCACACGAAGCCACCCUCAGGCCAAGGCCGUGAUGUCCGAGCAGCAGGUGCCAGGUGUGAGGAUGAGCUGUGCCAUCGGGGUACCUGGCCGCCCGCAGAGUGUGUGCUUGUCUCCUACGGGCACCUUUGAGGUCCACGCCUGCAGCAGCCUGUUUCCCUCAGCCUCAUGUCUGGCUUUCAAAUGAGUGACGAAAAUCUAACGCCACUAUUUAUACUUUGUAUUGUUAAAAUACUCCAUCCCCCCUCCCUCUUGUUUUGUUGUUUAUGAAGAGACGUUUGGUAGGAAAGUCAGAAGGUAUUAAAAUGAAGGAAACACA